GGGAUUUUGAAACAUAAAUCAGCAGAAAGAAAGCAGAAACCUGAGAGAGAGAGAGAGAGAGAGAGAGAGAAGACCGAACAAGAGACGAGAAAAGAGAGGGAGAGGGAGAGAUUCUGCUCUUUCUGGAAGUGACGAGAGAAAGGGGAUUCGCAGAUCUGGAAUGUCGCUAUAGCUCUCCUGCGUUCUGCUCCUCCUCCUUCGUCGUUCGUCCGUUUCGCCUCUCUCCUUUGAUUGAUUCGCCGAGCUGAGAGAACCGCCGACGUGCAGCUGAGAUAAGCCAUGUCCCCCUCUUGUUGAGGAGUCUGCUAUUCCGCCCUCUGUUGUUUGUGUUUUCAUUUUGGAAGGAGACAUUUUAGCUGAAGGAGUGCUUUGAUUGGUUGCAUCAUGGUAGCUACAGCUGCUGCUUCCGCUUUCUUCCCAGCUCCUUCACCUGAUUACCCAGCCAAAGCUAACAAGCAUGGCAAUGGUUCUGCAAAUUUAGGUGCCAUGAAGUCGAAAUCCACUUCUGGUGCGUUGCAGGUUAAGGCAAAUGCGCAGGCCCCUCCAAAGAUUAAUGGCCGCUCCGUUGGCUUGACGACAUACCCGGAAACUGCAAAGGCUGAUGAUAGCACGCCUUCACCUCCUCCAAGGACCUUUAUAAAUCAGCUGCCUGAUUGGAGCAUGCUGCUUGCUGCUAUUACAACUGUCUUUUUGGCAGCAGAGAAGCAGUGGAUGAUGCUUGAUUGGAAACCCAAACGACCAGACAUGCUUGUUGAUCCAUUUGAUCUAGGGAGGAUAGUGCAAGACGGUCUUGUGUUCCAGCAAAAUUUUUCAAUUAGAUCCUAUGAAAUAGGGGCGGAUCGAACGGCAUCCAUAGAGACGUUAAUGAAUCACUUACAGGAGACAGCCCUCAAUCAUGUUAAGACUGCUGGGCUUCUUGGUAAUGGUUUUGGUUCUACGCCAGAAAUGACCAAGAGGAACUUGAUUUGGGUUGUCACGAAGAUGCAGGUUUUGGUGGAUCGCUAUCCCACGUGGGGUGAUGUUGUUCAAGUAGAUACAUGGGUAUGUGGGUCUGGUAAAAACGGCAUGCGGCGUGAUUGGCUUGUACGAGAUCUCAAGACUGGAGAAACUCUAACAAGAGCCUCCAGUGUGUGGGUGAUGAUGAAUAAGCUGACUAGAAAAUUAUCCAAAAUUCCCGAAGAGGUUCGAGGAGAAAUAGAACCUUAUUUUCUGAACUCUGCUCCUGUUGUGGAUGAGGACGGCAGGAAGCUGCCAAAGCUGGAUGGCAGCAAUGCAGAUUAUGUCCUCUCAGGUUUAACUCCUAGAUGGAGUGAUUUAGAUGUGAACCAGCAUGUCAACAAUGUGAAGUACAUUGGUUGGAUUCUUGAGAGUGCUCCUCAGCCGAUUCUCGAGACUCACGAGCUUUCAGCAAUUACACUGGAGUAUAGGAGGGAAUGUGGCAGGGACAGUUUUCUGCAGUCACUGACCAAGAUCUCCGGGGAUGGAACCGAGAAGUCCCAUGAAGUUGAGUGUCAGCACUUGCUUCAACUCGAGACCGGGCCCGAGAUUGUUCGAGGGAGGACCGAGUGGAGGCCCAAAGAGAGGAACAAUGAUGCAGUUCUGGGCGAGUUCUCGGCAGAAAGCGCAUGAUGAUUAUGAGAAAUAAAUAUCCAUGACAUAAUCACCGAUCUCUGCGCUGUUUGGUGGCUGAACUGGAGGAAGAUAAUAGCAGUAGUAAAGUUGCUGUUGGGAAGAAAUAUCGCCUGUGUAGAAAUCUUUGCUUGUGCUUUUGGGGUUGGAGGAGAAAAGAUGCCUUUCUUCUUUAUAUAUAAAUGUAAUGAAAUGGCUUUUUCUGAUUUGCUUGUAGGGGAGGGGGCAGAUCGGAAAGAAAUUGUAAGCUCAUUGUAAUUAGCUCUGCUGCACUAUCGGGCUCACACAGUCCCCCUCUCUCUCGAUCUCUCUCUCUCGGGUUAUGAAUUUUCUUUGCUCUCUCUCAGCAGUUUUCGAUCA